AUGCGGACCGGCCAUCCCACAGAUGCGACUCCUCCCAUUGCAGCCAAUGGGAUGUGCCACUUCUCGGAUCCAAUCCGCUUCACGAUGAUACUCCGCUCCUGCCACAACAACAUGCAGUGCCAUGCGUGCGGGACAGACUUGGCAAACACGUCCGAAGCCGAAGCUUGCACGCACAACUCAAGAUCCGCAAUGAGCUGCGAGGAAGCGAGUGGAGAGGGAGAGUACCAACUGGGUUUCCUGGAUGUGCCUGCGAUGGCACUCAACUCGGGCGUAUUCAUGGUGCUCUUCUUCGGUGUGAAAAUGGCGUGUGGCACACGCGCCGCCAUGCCUCGCUCAAUCUCUGCGGUCUCGUAG